AUGGAGCGUUUUAACCGGAUGCUUCAAGCUGCUCAAGGCAUGGGCAUGGGCGGUGCAGCUCCAGGCGCCGACAGCCCAAAUCUGAUCGAUAACUCCGAAACCGUCCACAUCUCGUCUCUGGCGCUGCUGAAGAUGUUACGACAUGGUCGGGCUGGUGUUCCUAUGGAAGUCAUGGGACUGAUGUUGGGUGAUUUCGUGGACGAAUAUACUGUGCGAGUUGUCGAUGUCUUUGCCAUGCCUCAAAGCGGAACGGGCGUCAGUGUCGAAGCUGUCGACCCUGUCUUCCAGACCAAGAUGAUGGAAAUGCUGCGACAAACCGGCCGACCGGAGUCGGUUGUGGGUUGGUAUCACUCGCAUCCUGGUUUCGGAUGCUGGCUCUCCUCCGUCGAUAUUAACACACAACAAUCAUUCGAACAACUCACACCCCGAGCUGUUGCUGUCGUCGUCGAUCCCAUCCAGUCUGUCAAAGGAAAGGUCGUUAUUGAUGCGUUCCGCCUCAUUGCUCCUCAGACUGUUGUCAUGGGCCAAGAACCUCGCCAGACCACAUCCAACCUUGGUCACCUCAACAAACCGUCCAUUCAGGCUCUUAUCCACGGCCUGAACCGCCACUACUACAGCAUGGGCAUCAACUACAGAAAAACCGGCCUCGAGGAAAACAUGCUUAUGAACUUGCACAAGCACGUCUGGACCGAAGCUCUUCAGAUGAAUGACUUCCGCGAAGACGGCGAUCGCAAUGUUGAGCGCAUGCAACGCCUGGUAGAAUUGGCUGAAGGCUAUGAAAAGAGAGUCAAGGAAGAAUCGACUUUGACAAAGGAGCAGCUGAAGACCCGCUAUGUGGGCAAGGUCGAUCCAAAGAAGCACAUCGAGGACGUCGGACAAGAACUGAUCGAAGACAACAUUGUUGCCGUGUCGAGACAAAUGAUCGAUAAGGAGUCUUCGGUUGCCAGGGUGGCUAAUGGCAAGAAAACAGAAAAUGGCCAAAACAUGGAUGUAGAUGAAGAGCUAUAG